CUUCAUAUUUUGUGGAGGUGGAGUCUUGAGACUUCUUAGAGAAAAACUAAAUCAAAAACAAACUGAAAAUCAGUCAAGACAAACACACCGUCAACAGUAAUACUGACAAGUAUUAAGUACCUUUUCUUCACAUACUACUAAUCUGAAUGGAUUUUAAGUUGGGGGAAAUAUUGUUACUUAAAGGUUACUUCCCAUAAUUCCCACACAAAAUCUCUCUCAGUGUGUUUAAAGAUGCCUAGACGUGAUGAUAUGACCAGCUUUUUGCAGCAGCCAGCGUCACUAUUUGACCAGCGUGUGGUGUCUACAUUCAUGAAGAUCAGGCCAAAGGUCAUGGGGGUUUUGGAAAUAUCAUUAGGUAUGGUGAUGCUUGUCUUAGAAAUCUGGACAGGAUUUUUAUUUCUCCUCUGGUCAUGUCUAAUUUCAGUUUUAACUGGAUCUGUGACAAUAUUAGCUGCAUCCAAACGAAACAAAUGUCAGGUCUUAAUCUCGCAAUUUCUAAACUGUUUCAAUGCCAUAGCAGCUGUUAUCUCCAUCCCAUUUCAUUGUGUUGACAGUGAUGGCAUAACUCUGAUUCUCCUGGUUGUCUGUGAUGUUCUGGUCUUCAUUAUCUCAGUUAUUGUUGCCUCAUCUUCUUGUGACUGCUGCAGGAAGAAGUUAAGAGAUGUUGCAGUCAGUUACAUAAACAGGGAUGUGCCUUACAUGACUGACAACAAUAUUGUGCUUCAGGGCCAACUAGGCCAUUUUGCACCUCCACCAAACUACGAACCAAGUCCUCCAGCACCUCCAGCAUACUACAACCCAAGUCCUUUUGUACCCCCACCAAAUUAUGAUGCAGCCCCAUCAGCACCUCCACUAAGAUACGAUCCUGGUCUUUUUGAACCUCCACCAAGCUACAGUCAAGUCCUUCUGGACCUCCAGUGAACUAUAAUCCAGGUCCUUUUGACAUUCCAUCAAACUAUUAGGAAAACAAGGAGCAAUUUCUAGUCUGUUGAUGAAAUCAGUUUUAUUGGAGCUACUUAUUCAGUUUUCUGAAUAUAAUUUAAAAAUUCUACCACAAGUCUCAUGCUAACAUGUUCAAAUGUUAGUUUAAAACAGUGUGACUGUUUCAUAUUAACAAUUAUUAAAGGAUUCAUUCACUUCAGAAUUCAAAUUUCCUGAUAAUUUACUCACCCCCAUGUCAUCCAAGAUGUUCAUAUCUUUCUU